CCGGGCCAUGGCGGAGCCGAGCGCGGCGGCCCCGCCCCUCCAGUGAUAACAGAGGCAAAGCCCUGACCCGUGGCAUCCCGGGGAGGAAAGGCUCAGCUCUCUGACAGUGUGCCGGCUCAGAGUGGAUUUCUAAUCUCUUUCCUGUGAAAGAAAAGGCUGUAGGUGCCAAACCAAAAGGGCAAAGUGAUUUGCCCCAAUGAGGAGUGAGUCUGGACCUGCCGAGAGGUGACGGGGCUGCGCGGCGCAGGGCGCUCCUCGGGAUGCUGUAGCCAUCACACAGCACUCGGCUCCACCCAGGAAAGGCACACAGGGGGAGGACCUGGGGCUGCAAAUCUGGAGUUUCUCUGCAGCAAAGACUGCCAAAAACUUGAGUUCUGUCCUGCAAAACACCCACUGCAGCUGGGCUCCGUGUGUGCCGAUUUACUUUCACCCUGUGUCGUCCUGAAGCGACAGGCUCAGAGCGAGCCCCCUCCCCAGGUGUCUGCGAGCCAUAAUGAGGGGCUUGACCUCCAACCGCGCUUCUGACCCGGAGGCCCUGGGGCUGCCCCGGCUUUUCGAGUGACGCGGGCGGAGGAGCGGGAGGAGCGAUGGCAGAGAAGUGCGACUGCCUGGCCAGCAUGUACGGCUACGACCUGGGCUGCCGCUUCGUCAACUUCCGCCCGCUGGGCUUCGGGGCCAACGGGCUGGUGCUGUCGGCGCUGGACAGCCGCAGCUGCCGAAAGGUGGCCGUCAAGAAGCUGACCCUGGGCGACGCGCGCAGCGUGAAGCACGCCUUCCGCGAGAUCAAGAUCAUCCGCCGCCUCGACCACGAGAACAUCGUCAAGGUCUACGAGGUGCUGGGCCCCAAGGGCGCCAACCUGCGCGGGGACUUCUUCAAGUUCAACAUGGUGUACAUCGUGCAGGAGUACAUGGAGACGGACCUGGCGCGGCUGCUGGAGCAGGGCAAGCUGGCCGAGGAGCACGCCAAGCUCUUCAUGUACCAGCUGCUGCGCGGGCUCAAGUACAUCCACUCGGCCAACGUGCUGCACCGCGACCUCAAGCCCGCCAACAUCUUCAUCAGCACGGAGGACCUGGUGCUGAAGAUCGGCGACUUCGGCCUGGCCAGGAUUGUGGAUCAGCACUACUCACACAAGGGGUACCUCUCUGAAGGCCUGGUGACAAAGUGGUACCGCUCUCCCCGCCUCCUGCUGUCGCCCAACAACUACACCAAAGCCAUCGACAUGUGGGCAGCCGGCUGCAUCCUGGCCGAGAUGCUGACCGGGAGGAUGCUCUUCGCUGGGGGCCACGAGCUGGAGCAGAUGCAGCUGAUUCUGGAGACAAUCCCUGUUAUCCACCAGGAGGACAAAGAGGAGCUGCUGAAGGUGAUGCCCAUGUUCAUCAACAGCACGUGGGAGGUGCGGAAGCCGCUGCGCAAGCUGCUGCCCGAGGUGGACAGCGAAGCUAUUGAUUUUCUGGAGAAAAUACUGACAUUUAACCCCAUGGAUCGACUGACAGCCGAGAUGGGCCUGCAGCACCCCUACAUGAGCCCCUACUCCUGCCCCGAGGACGAGCCGGUGUCGCAGCACCCGUUCCGCAUCGAGGACGAGAUCGAUGACAUCCUGCUGAUGGAAGCCAACCAGAGCCAGAUGUCCAACUGGGACAGGUACCACAUCAGCCUCUCCUCCGACCUGGACUGGAGGCACGACAAGCACCACGACAUGGACGAGGUGCAGCGGGACCCGCGCGCGGGCUCCGAGUGCACCGCGGAGGAGGCGCAGGUGGACCCGCGGAAAUACUCGCAGAGCAGCUCGGAGAGGUUCCUGGAGCUGUCCCACUCCUCCAUGGACCGAGUGUUUGAUGCCGACUGCGGGAAGUCGUGCGAUUACAAAGUGGGAUCACCCUCCUACUUGGACAAGUUGCUGUGGAGGGACAGUAAGCCCCACCACUACUCGGAGCCCAAGCUAAUCUUGGAUUUAUCCCACUGGAAAAGGGCAACCAUAGCACCCGCGGCUGAGCUGUCGCUGGAAGAGGAGCCAUCCAACCUCUUUCUGGAGAUUGCGCAGUGGGUGAAGAGCACGCAGGUGGGGCUGGAGUGCCCCGGUUCUCUCCCGGAGAUGCAGGAGCGGAGCCUGCCCUCCUCUCCUCACCGCCUGCACCAGGAACCCGCGGAGGUGAACAGCGAGACCGACCCCGAGUUUGACUUGGACGUCUUCAUCUCCAGGGCGCUGAAACUUUGCGCAAAACCCGAGGAUCUUCCAGACAACAAGCUCAACGAGAUCAACGGGGCCUGCAUCUCCGAGCACCCCGGGGACAUGGUGCAGGCAGAGGUGUACCAGAAGGAGCGGUGGUGAGGGACCGCCCUGCUCCCCUGGGACGGGCAGCCACUGCCCUGUGCCCUCCGACUGUCACUGAGCAUCCCUUUCUCACUCUGUACCAAAUGCCUUUUCUGGAAAAGGCGAGCACAAACCACACGCCCCUUUGGAUGCCUUAGAAGUGCUUCUAAGGGGAUCGAGGUACAAAUGAAAUACUGAGCUUCUUACACUGCCUUAACAAUCUUGCCUUGCGAUCUCUGGGACCUGUUUGAAACUGAAAUGUACGGGGGGAAUAAGGACAGUACAUGGUAGGUUUGCAAACAGUAGUCAAAUCAGCUUCCUUUCUUUUUCUAUAGCAACUUCAACUGACAAGGACAAAAUUAACAUUUUCAGUAUGGUCAAAUACCCUCCUGGUUGGACAGGUUCCCAAAACAAUGAACUCUGAACCCCUCUGAGGCACCUGUGUGAGUACAGGUUUGGAAUAAAGUGAUGCCAGCCAUCAGUCAGCAGAGAAUAGAACUAUAGGUAGAGUUUGGCCAUCAGACAAAAAAACCCAACUCCCUGAGAAUGUUAAUGGUGAGGAAAUUUGACCUACAGAGUAUGGGCCAUUGGGGAUUUGUUUUAUUUUCUCUGAGGAGAAGACACAAAUUUUGCUAAGUGCAUUCUGCUGGUUUGUGCUUUCUUACACCAAAAUCUUCCCUUCCGCUGCACGGGCUGCAGCAGGGGAUGCACGGGGAUCUGAGCUUUCCGAGCACUUAGGAGGGCCCACGUGAUGCAUCUCAGUGUGACAGCCUGGUGCUGCGGGUCCUGCCUCGGACAGCUGCCCACUAGACCAGCAAAUCCCAGCAGUGAGGGCUGGACGGGAGCUGAGCUGGGAAUAGGGUGUCCCACGGUGUGAUGCUGCUGGCACCACCAGCCACACAGACUCAGCAAGUCACCUCUGCUACUGAAAAAGGAAUUAAACUACUACUGCUUUUCCUUCUGGCAAAGAUCUCGUGAAGAAAACAACAGUUCCUGUGGCAUCAGAUUCGUAACUGGCCACUUUGCUCCCAGUUUCUGUGGAAGAUGCUGGUGUCAGCAGGCAACUCUGUGUAAAUAGAGGAAGACACAACUGAUCUACUGUAACUUCUGUUUUCAUCCACAUUUCUGAGCACCUUAAUAAUUAAUCCGCUAACAAGAGUUUGUAUAUGGAAGAAAUGUUCUAUACUUAUAUUUAAUCCAACUCGGCAGCUUUUUAAAGGGGAGGUCUGUAAAUAGUGCCAUACAAGACAGUCUCUGCUUUCCUCGCCAUCCUCUUGCUGUGCUGUCCAGUACAGCGGGGCUACUUACGUUUGUAAAAGAGAAACUGCUGUAUUUUAGCACUGCAAGGCCUGUGUUUAACUACUCCUGUGUGGAUUAUUUCUGCCCUUUUAACAAGCAAUCCGCUGAACGCUCUGAGAUGUGAAGGAAACUCACGUGAGGCUCAGAUAACCAACAGCAGUGUUAGCCCCGGGUUCUGCUCUUGCUGGGACGGGGUGCAGGUUUAGGUGUCGUAGGCCUCGACAAGCCCACAAACGUGUUCUUACCGUGAAGAUCUCACAUCAGGGUGGGGAAAUGCUGGGGGAAACCACUGGCAGCACUGGUGUGAAGGCAGCGUGGAUGGGACGGGUGCAAGUCCAGGUGCAGGGGUGGAGAAGGCCCCCAAAAGGCAAGGAGGUUUGUCUCCAGUCUUUGCUUGGGGCGCUUGGAUGUCCCCCAGAGUGGCUUAGAAAGGGGAAACGAGACAGAGGUUUGGUUCCUGGUGUGUUGCAGAUGAUUGAUAUACCUCAACUAAAGCUCAGCACUUUUACUGGUGGCGGGGGACAUUGCAGUGCCGGGAUGCUGCCGGUCCUGAGCCGGAGCACACCCAGCCAGGCCCGGCUGCCCACGGCCCCGCUCGGCCUCGCCGGCAGCAGCCAGCACGGCUGGGAACGCGAGCCGGGCUGCAGGGAGGGCAUGGAGGGAGGAGAGGGCGGCAGGAGCCUCGGCUGUGUCCUACAGGCUCUCCACGAGGAGCUGACAUGGCCCAUGCCCUGGUGGGAAAGGCCGUGGGGCGGGCAGGGUGAGGGCUGCGGGGUGAGGGCAGCUCUGGAAACUCCCGACCCACAGAACAGCCCCGGCUGCCCUGCGCUCCCACACCGGGACUGCCCGCUCAAACCUCGCCAGCGCUCUCCUCUCCAUCCGUGGCCGCCCCCUGAAAACAGAAGCCAUUUCCCGUGGGCUGUUGCUUCUUCUCCAGAGGCCUGCAGGACUGUUUAUUAUGGCCAUGAAAGAAACAGUUUUGCAUUUGAGCGUUGUCUUGCGGGCCCAUGAUUGAAUUGUAGAAUUGACUCCAUAACAAGCAAAUGGAGCGUGUUGCCGCCACUCCGGAUUUUCCAUCUCGCUUUUUGAGCUCUUAUUUAAUGUUGUUCUAAAACCUCAGCAUCACAUGCUGGGAAAAGGGGAUAAGAGGGAUGGCUUUAAAUUUGUUACCUGAGUGUGCUUAGCUGAUCACAAGCUGGAUCUGUCUCUCAUUUACAGGAAUAAAAUGUAAGGCCUGA